ACUCCCGGUUCGUAGAGCACUUGCACUUGUCACAAUCACUGGAGAAAUUCAAGCUUUGUACACCAUGAAGAAUUUGCUUGAGAGGCGGAUGUUAUUGAAUUCUCUGACUGUGAAUAUCGAGUGAGAAAAAAUUAACUUUCUGGAAAGUUAGCCAGGAUUAAUCAAGAUAUCUUUAGUAAUCACUUGGAGAUGUACAGAGUCAUAGGAAAAGAUACCAAAGUGACUAUCAUGUUGGAUAUUGUUCUGUUGUUCCUUUUGUGUUUCAAUCUGUCAAGGUCGGAUGGAGAGACGACAGUUACUGAAUUUCUGUCCAACUCAAGUUAUAGCACCCAGUUACCAAGAUCUACAGGCAAAUAUUUAAGUACUUUAACAAGAACAGUGGAAACUACAACCAAACAAUCUGUUUUUCUUCCAAAUAACUUAAAUAUAACUACAAAAGAACAAGAACUAUCGCCAUUUUUAUCCACAGUGAAACAGGAAACAACUACUCUAACACCAGUUUCUUCAUCCAAUUAUUUUGAUUCUUCACCGAAAAGAGAGGAAACUCCUAUUCACACUCCGAGUUCUACAUCAAGUUAUUUAGUUACUUUCACAACAGGAAUGGCAACUGAUACCCACCCACAAGGCUCUCAAUCCAAAGAAGUGGGUACUUCCAUACCAAGGAGGGAAACUACAUCUGAAUCAUCAACUUUUCCGUUGAGGGAUUCUGACAUUUCCUCAACUGGACAAGAAUCUACUACCCACCCACCAGGUUCUUCAUUCGAACAACUGGGUACUUCCAUAACAAAGAAGGAAACUACAAAUGAAUUCCAAACUUCUCCGAUUAAUACUUUUGAUAUUGCCUCAACUGGCCAGGAAACUACUACCCACCUACCAGGUUCUUCAUCUGAACAAUUGGGUACUGCCAUAACAAAGAAGGAAACUACAAAUGAAUCCCAAACUUCUCCGGUGAAUAAUUUUGAUAUUGCCUCAACUGGCCAGGAAACUACUAUCCACCUAUCAGGUUCUUCGUUCGAAUAUUUGGGUACUUCCAUAACAAAGAAAGAAACUACAAUCGAAUCACAAACUUCUCCGGUGAAUGAUAUUGAUAUUUCCUCAACUGGACAGGAAGCUGUUACUCACGCAUCAACUUCUUCAUUCAAAGAUUAUAAUAUUACCACAAUAGGACAGAGAACUGUUAGUUUCCAAAUAACUUCGAACAUUUCACUUGGUACUAAUAUAUAUAAUAGAUCGUAUACAUUUGCAGAAGUUACACCAAACUCUGAGUCUUCAACCGAACUUUCUUCUUUACUCUUUAACUCAACAAGUGACUUUGCUCAUAAUACGGAAAAACUUCCCAGCAUUAUACCAACAUCAACUGCAGAAAAUACCACCUUCAAUUUAAGUUUUCCACAUGAUAUACGUGAUAGCACAAUUACACCACCGCCAAUUAAAAUAGAAUAUGCGCGAACACUCGUGCUGUUGUUUCAAGGGAACUGCACCCAUCAAGGAGUGUUAUCUAAUCAAUUUCGAAAGGCCUUUGCACAGGCAUUGAACAAUAGCAACAACAAUGACCAAAGCUCUGUGAUUGUAAAUGAAAUCCGAUGCACCACGUUUCUAAAUGUCAAUGUAACAGUGACAACCAACAAUAAAGAAGAACUUGAAACUUUUGUUGAUAAUCUUGUGGGGAUUAACCUUAAAAUAAACUCCACAUCAUUGGAAACAGAAAUCGAGUCAUAUUUUUUACAUCCAGUUAGUGAUGACGAAGCAAGCAUAACGAAUAACAAAUCAGAUACUUCAAUAGCUGAGUUAGCGAGAGAGGAACUGAUAUUCUUCAUUGCAGUGGGGGCUUCAUUUGGGGCUGUUCUGAUAAUCGUUUUACUUAUUUGUUGCGUCAAAUGUUGUUGCCGAAAGCCCCCUAAGCCUUCCGAAUUCCAAACGAACACUCCGCAUGUGACCUUACGUCUGGAAGAUUACUCCCUUACACGAAUACCACGCCCACGAACAAUCUAUUCGGACUACUACAGGGGUUCUGUACAGGAAGACAACACCCCAGAGACAACUUUUCCCGAGCCACAGUCUCAGAGUAACGGAAAAAAUAUGGAACAAUCCUUUAACACAAGCGUGAUUCCAUUGGAAGAAGCGGAGAAACUUGACGAAUCGUACUCACAACAUAAUACUUUUCCCAUUCAAAUUUCCACACCAUCAGAAUUAAAGACUUUCGCAAAGAAAGGUGACAUGGAUAAAACAAAACUCCUAGAUGACUCCAAUUUUAAGAGAAAAUCAAAGGAGAAGUUAGCAGAAAGUCUUAAGGAUAACCGAAACGGUAUGAGAGGAAUCGAUAAUCCGAUCUUUAUACAUCAAGUUUAAUUCUUAGUUCUAUUUGAACUAAUAAAAUCUUUGUAAAUGUCAAGAAAAUGAAAGAAUCAGGCGAAUGUGCAAAAGCUUAAUCUUAUAAUAUUUAAUUUGCUUUGCAUAAUAAUGUCGUUUACAAUUCAAACCUAACCUAAAUUUUGUAUAUGUUGGAAAACAAUGAAUAUUUAUCAUUUAUUCCAAAAUGUAAGCAAAGCUUUGAGGUACAAUUAAGAUACUGCAGAUUAAACAUUAACGUUGCUAAUGAAAAUAUUUUUAUUUUAACUGGUGGUAAUCGUGGUGUUUUAUGAUUAUUGACGAAAGGGAAGAAAGAAUAUUUCUUUUCAUUUCUGUAUUAUAAUUUUAUUGAUACAUAAAUACAAGUUUCAUGACAUUUUUUUUUCAGUAAAAACGGUGUAUUUGCUGUAAAUUUUGAAGUUUUUGUCCCUAAAGAAGGAUGUAACAGUAUUUGUGCUUCUUCGUACUCAGAUAAAAACUAUAUACCAUUUCAAUUAUUUCUAUAGAUCUGCAUAUAAAUUAAGCUAGAAUCACACUAAUCUCUUUUACCAUAUUAUACUUAUUGAAUAUAAUGUUUGUAGCGUGACAGCCAUCACAGUAUGUGUUUACGACAUCCACCUUUAAUAUAAAUUUUGUAAGUUGUAACAAGUACGUCCGUUUUACAUCAUAAAAUAUAAUACUUCCCAGACAUGUAUCGUCAUAACCAUGAAUAGUAAUAAAUGAUUUGUGUGCAUUUGUAACCAUUAACAUACCUAUUGAGGAAUCACAAAAUGAAUGGCUCAAGAGACGUAAAUUUUACGAAUAUGGAAAGCGUUAAUAAAGCACGUUUGAAUCUGUAAAGGUUGCAGAGUAGGAAACGCGCAUAACCAGCGAUACAUGGCACGUGGGUGUUUACUUCCUUGCGGUCCUGAUAGAGAGGCUUUGUGUUUUGUUCUAAUUACAAUAGUUUAUAAAACCUCUGUUUCAAAUCAUUUUACUGACAAACAUACUCUUGAAAUCAAGAAUUAUAUUUUGUUUCCAAAGAAAUGUCUCAACAAACUUCGAAACAUCUGAGAUGAAACUGGAAUCGACAAAAUUAUUUCAAUAUUUCUAAACAGAAUGAAAACUGCUAUCAUAAAUGUACGUUAGCCUCAACGAAAUGCUUAAAAAAUAAUAAUAACUGUAAAAUCUGCUAAUUCUCUAUUCAGGCCCAAGUUUAUUCAUCGCAUAACACGAUUUAAAUAUUUUAUUUGAUGUAUAAGUUGGUGCAAUGAUACUGGAAGUGACCAAUAGAUGCCGCUAAGGUAGUACAACAUUAACUUUCUGUAUCAGAAAGUAACUAAGUAUGAUUAACUAAGUUUUGAUAAAGCUAUCGUGGAUAAAGGUAAAAUAUUUCUUUUUAGUUUUUGAGUUUAUAGAACUAUUUUAGAAGGUUUGAAGUAUGUGCAGCAAGACAUUCCAGAGUAAUCCAGUUUGGUGUAAUUCAUACAGAACAAUAAAAAUUUAAUAUCCAGUUCAAAUAAAGCCCAUCACGUCUCAGAUAAACGCCCAUGUUUAAUGUUGCUCUAAAUUCUACUAUAAAGAUAAGUAAAAUCCAAAAGAAAUAAUGCUGUCAUAUCCUAGAAUUCUUACGCUACCCCCCCCCCCCCCCAGUGCCACAGCGGUAUGUCUACGGACUGACAACACUGAAAUCCGGGUUUCGAUACCCGUGGUGGGCAGAGUACAGAUAGCCCAUCGUGUAGUUUUGUGCUUAAUUCCAAACAAACAAAAAAAUUCUUACGGAACUAGAAAUAUCUCGAGCGACAUCCUACGGAUUUAAUUGAAAAAUAGUUUCAAUUUAAAAAUGGCAUAUUAAAGUAGCAACCAAGUUUUUUAAAUAUAUAGUUUGAUAAAUUGGAGACACUUAUUUGCUUUAAAGGCAGUCUAUCAACGAUUACGUUUAUUUGGUAAUAAGAGUAUAUGCUAAAGAACAUGUAUAUAAAUUAUGAUGUUGAUUUUGUGAAGAAUAUUAUAAUAAUGUAUAACUCUUAAUAUUUUUGUAUGAUUUAUAUUAUGUCCUAGUUAAUGUAACCGUAAUAUUAUUGAAUGACUAUAUCAAUUUCCUCUUCGAAGUGCUUUGUAAAUCAUAAGAGCAUAAUACUGCUAUUGAAAUAAUGACAAACAUAAUACAAGUAUCCUAAUAAUGACAAACAUAAUACUACUAUUGAAAUAAUGACAAACAUAAUACUACUAUUGAAAUAAUGACAAACAUAAUACUAAUAUCCUAAUAAUGAACAAACAUAAUACUAGUAUCCUAAUAAUUGACAAACAUAAUACUAGUAUCCUAAUAAUGACAAACAUAAUACUAAUAUCCUAAUAAUGACAAACAUAAUACUAGUAUCCUAAUAAUGAGAAGCGUAAUAGUAAAAAGUUGAAACAAAUUUAAGCUGUAAUUUUCAGCUAGAUUUUGCAAACCAUUCGGUAUCAUUCGGUAUAAAUUUAUUUAAAUAAACCUUUCAUGUUAGUGACUGAGUCAUUUUUUUGUAUCAAAAACAGUUUUAGUAAAAAAUUAUAUCGUUUCACACAAUUUAUUUUAAUAAUCUUGCAUAAUUAUAAUUAAUGUUUUUGUGAAUAUUCACAUAAUGAAUUUUUCUCCUCUCUACAUGUUUUUACUUGAAUUUAAUACCUAUUUUAUUUGUUAUUCAUUAACUUAUUAAAAACCUUCUGCAAAUUUUACUUUGAAACACACCUUCUUUGUUUAUUAAUGUAUUUAUAAAUUUUUUGGAGUAUUUUGUAACAUUGAGGGUUUGAGGUUUGAAAUUCAACGUAUUUCCUUUUCUACUGUCAUUCUAUAUACAUUCAUUUUGAUUUAAACUGCUUAGACUCAUGCCUUGUUCCUUAAUUGUGUGUAAAUAACAUGCGCCAUCUAACGGGCCUCUUUAGUACCGUUCGUUUUCUUUUACGAGUUUCGAGGUUUGUUGUAUAUUAAUCCGUUUUUGCCAAAGAAAACAAGGAAUGAAAAUUUCAACCUGAAAUUAUGGCUUAAUAAUCUGUUUUAUUUCAUAAUCUUGAUGCUACUGAGAGUGAAGAUUGAAAAGCUUUAUUUUUCUUUAUUAGAAAAUGCAACCAAUUUGGGAAACUAAAUCCGUUCCCAAACUAUAUGUAUGUAAAAUGAAAUUUUAAUUUAUAAAUUUAGGGUAGAAGCUAUUUAUGUUCAAUAAAAUCUUUCUUUUUAUAACCAUCUCAAUGGGUGAAAGUGUCAUUUAUGUUUAUUUCAGCUGUAUUCAGUAUGUAUUUUAAAUUUCUGUUUGCGAUACCCAUUUUGCCUAUUAGAUGGCA